AUGUCAAAGAUAGAAGCUAAUUUACAGAAAGCCUUGAAAAAAGCUUGCUCUAUCGAGGAAAGCGCUCCAAAGAGAAAACAUUUGAGAACUUUAAUCGUUUACACUUGGGAUCACCAUUCUUCUACAGAAGUCUUCGAAGCUUUGAAAGCGUCACCUUUUGUCAAUGAUGAAGUACAAUUGUUCAAAUCUUUGAUUGUCCUACAUAAAAUUAUUCAAGAAGGUCACCCUUCUGCUUUGAAAGAAGCGAUAAGAAACAGGGAAUGGAUCAGAUCCCUUGGAAGAAUCCAUUCAAGUGGCUCGGAAUAUGGUACUUUAAUUAGAGAAUAUGUUAGAUAUUUGGUAUUGAAACUGGAUUUCCAUUCUCAUCAUAAAGGGUUCGACAACGGAACAUUCGAAUACGAAGAAUACGUUUCAUUAGUCUCUGUGGCCGAUCCGGAUGAAGGGUAUGAAACUAUAUUGGAUUUAAUGUCCUUACAGGAUUCUUUAGAUCAAUUCGCUCAAAUCAUUUUUGCUUCAAUUCAAUCAGAUAGAGGAAAUUCUGAAUGUAAAAUAUCCUCGUUGAUUCCAAUGAUUGCAGAAUCGUACGGUAUUUAUAAAUUUAUUACUUCAAUGCUAAGAGCAAUGUAUAGAGAAUUGAAUGACCCUGAAGGUGGAGACGCGUUACAACCUUUGAGAGAACGCUACGAACAACAACAUAAUAGACUCUUUGAAUUUUAUGCCGAUUGUUCCUCAAUUAAAUAUUUGACUACUUUGGUUACAAUCCCGAAAUUACCAAUGGAUUCUCCAAAUGUCGAAUUGGCUGCUACUGAGAAUAAUGAAGAUCAUAAUAGAACCGAGAUUAAAUUCGAAAAGAAAGAAAUUCAUCGUCAACCUUCUCCAAUUAAGUCUCCCCCAAAAUCAAUGGAACCUUCAAGAACAGCAAGUAGUUCUGUGACAAACCCAAUGUUGGUGGCAUCAAACACUAGUAUGUCGGCAUUGAUUCCAACUGCAACUGCAGCAGCUGCAAUGAUGCCCUCGAUGACUGCUCAAAUGCCUCAAGAUUAUUGGGUUAAUCAACAACAACAAUAUAUGAAUGAACAAGCUCAAUUGGAACAAGAACGUCAAAGACAAUUAGCAGAACAACAAUCUCAACAGCAACAAUUCCAACAACAAUUACAAAAUGCCCAACAGGAGAUGAUGCAAUUGCAAGUACAACAACAAUCACAACAUCAAAACGAUCUAUUGGCGUUGACUGAUCAAUACCAAAAGGAUCAAACUUUGCUACAACAAUACGAUCAACGUGUUCAACAAUUAGAAAGUGAGAUUAAUACCAUGAACGAAAAUGCUACUAAACAACUUUCAAAUAAGGAUGAACAGAUCGAAUCAUUGAGUAAACAAUUAGAUAUGUGGGAGAAGAAAUAUGAAUCAUUGGCUAAGUUGUAUUCUCAAUUACGUCAAGAACAUUUGUCAUUACUUCCACGUUUUAAGAAAUUACAAAUGAAGGUUAGUAGUGCUCAAGAAACAAUGAAACAGAAGGAUCACUUUGAACAAAAAAAUAAACAAAAGGACUUACAAAUGGCCCAAUUGAUCAAAGAACGUGACAGAGCAAGAGUGGAAAAUGAUAGACUACAAGUACAACUAAGUGAUGUUUCCUCAAAUCAAAAUAAUCAACUUACUACUCAAGCACAAGAGAAAAUUAGUUCUAUUUCCGAAAAUAAAUUAAAGCCAAUGAUGGAUGCCGUCUUGGAAAAUAGUAUGACAAAUAUACAGGAAGCCAUUUAUACCCUAGAUGCUCCUUCAACUUGGUCAGGUACAGCUAUUGAUCCAACAUUUUUAUUGUCUCUAAUAGAAAAUUGUUCAGAGAGAGCUACAGAUUUUGCUACAAGUUUUAAUGAUUUAAUUGUGGAUGGUGAAAUUGAAGGUGAUCAAAUUACAGUUGUUUUAAAUAUAAGUGAUUUUAGUUCAUCAAUAACUACCUUACUAUCAAACUUCAAAAAUGUAGCUGCAACAAUAGAUGCACAGGGUGAUGACUCGGAAAAUAUAGUAGCACUAGUCAAGAGAUGUGGUAACGAAGCCAAGUAUUUUUUCGAGGAUUUAUUGUCUGAAAACCUCGAUGGUAAAGAUGAUGAAGAGAAGACUGAUAUCGUCAUAAAUGCAAACGUCGACAUGCAAGAAAAGUUACAAGAAUUAUCUAUCAUGAUUGAACCAUUUGUAAAGGAACUAUCACAGGCUUCAGAGAACAAUCCACAUCAAGAAUUAGUUGACACAGCCAAUAACUUAGAGAAAUCUUCUCAAAAUCUACGUGUGAAUAUAGAUGUCAAUGUUCCAAAACCAUUGUUGUCAAUGGCUUUGGCUAUCAUUGAUGCUGUUGUGUCUUUAGUCAGAUCUGCUGUAGAAUGCCAAAAUGAAAUUGGUAGUACUACAGAACUAGGCUUAAAAGAAUUUUAUAAGAAAAAUCAUCGUUGGACCGAAGGUCUAAUAUCUGCAGCUAAAGCUGUAGCUAGUGCCACAAAUACUCUGAUCAACAUUGCUGGUAAUUUGGUCAAUUUAGAAGGCUCAGAUUCUCUAGAAGAGUUUAUAGUGGCCUCCAGAGAGGUUGCCGCCUCAACAAUUCAGUUGGUUGCUUCAUCCAGAGUUAAAACAUCUCUACAUUCUAAAGCACAAGAACAACUCGAACUUUCAUCAAAGGAUGUCAGUGGUGCAUGCAAAGCUCUUGUUAAUUAUAUCAUGGACAAAACGAAGACGAAUUCCGAGAAAGAUCAACAACCAGUGAACUUCAGCUCUGAAUAUGCCGUCAAAAGUGCUGAAAUGGAACAACAAGUUACCAUUUUAAAAUUAGAGCAAUCUUUGAAUGUCGCUAGAAGAAGACUAGGUGACAUAAGAAAACAUGCUUACUAUCUACAAGACGAUGAUCAACCAAACUGA